UGGGCUUGGGGACUGCGCGCACAGGCGGCUGCAGGCGCUGGGGGGGUGUGGGGGGCUGUGCGUGGGGCUGCCCUCACCGGAAGCUGCACGCUCGGGGAAGCGCGGAGGCGGGAGUGCUGCGCGUGCUGGGGAGCACGUGGGGGGACACGCAGGGACUGCUCGCGCGAAUGGCUUCGAACGCACGCGCCCCACCCCACAUUUCACAGUCGCCAUGACGACAGGGAGGUCCGCAACGGCUGCGGGGACAAGUCCGUUGAGGCUGCCAGGGGAGUCAGGCCUUUCUGGACUUCGCCUGACUCGGCUGGCUGUGCCUGAAAUUGACCCAGCUCCACCAGGGAUUAUGAGAAAACAAGGAGUGAGCUCAAAGCCUCUACAAUCUUCCCGCUCCAGCCAGUGUAAGCGGCGGCGCGGGGCCUCCCCCGCCCGGGAGCCGGAGGUAGAGGAGGAGGUGGAAAAGUCGGCCCUAGGUGGCGGGAAACUGCCAAGGGGCGCCCGGAGGUCCUCCCCGCGGAGGAUCCGAAAUCUGAAAGAGCGAAAAGGCUUGGAGCUAGAGGUGGUGGCCAAGACCCUUCUCGGCCCCUUCCAGUUCGUCCAUAAUUCCCUGGCGCAGCUCCGGGAAAAGGUGCACGAACUGCAGGCGCGGCGGUUCUCCAGCAGAACCACUCUCGGCAUCGCUGUCUUUGUGGCAAUUUUACAUUGGUUACAUUUAGUAACACUUUUUGAAAAUGAUCGUCAUUUCUCUCACCUCUCAUCUUUGGAACGGGAGAUGACUUUUCGCACUGAAAUGGGACUUUAUUAUUCCUACUUCAAGACCAUUAUUGAAGCACCUUCAUUUUUGGAAGGACUGUGGAUGAUUAUGAAUGACAGGCUUACUGAAUAUCCUCUUGUAAUUAAUACAGUAAAACGAUUCCAUCUUUAUCCAGAGGUAAUCAUAGCCUCCUGGUAUCGCACAUUUAUGGGAAUAAUGAAUUUAUUUGGACUAGAAACUAAGACCUGCUGGAAUGUCACCAGAAUAGAACCUCUUAAUGAAGUUCAAAGCUGUGAAGGAUUGGGAGAUCCUGCUUGCUUUUAUGUUGGUGUAAUCUUUAUUUUAAAUGGACUAAUGAUGGGAUUGUUCUUCAUGUAUGGGGCAUACCUGAGUGGGACUCAACUGGGAGGUCUUAUUACAGUACUGUGCUUCUUUUUCAACCACGGAGAGGCCACCCGUGUGAUGUGGACACCACCUCUCCGUGAAAGUUUUUCCUAUCCUUUCCUUGUACUUCAGAUGUAUGUUUUAACUUUGAUUCUCAGGACCUCAAGCAAUGAUAGAAGGCCCUUCGUUGCACUCUGUCUUUCCAAUGUUGCUUUUAUGCUUCCCUGGCAAUUUGCUCAGUUUAUACUUUUUACACAGAUAGCAUCAUUAUUUCCCAUGUAUGUUGUGGGAUACAUUGAACCAAGCAAAUUUCAGAAGAUCAUUUAUAUGAACAUGAUUUCAGUUACCCUUAGUUUCAUUUUGAUGUUUGGAAAUUCAAUGUACUUAUCUUCUUAUUAUUCUUCAUCUUUGUUAAUGACGUGGGCAAUAAUUCUAAAGAGAAAUGAAAUUCAAAAACUGGGAGUAUCUAAACUCAACUUUUGGCUAAUUCAAGGUAGUGCCUGGUGGUGUGGAACAAUCAUUUUGAAAUUUCUGACAUCUAAAAUCUUUGGCGUUUCAGACCACAUUCGCCUGAGUGAUCUUAUAGCAGCCAGAAUCUUAAGGUAUACAGAUUUUGAUACUUUAAUAUACACCUGUGCUCCUGAAUUUGACUUCAUGGAAAAAGCGACUCCGCUGAGAUACACAAAGACAUUAUUGCUUCCAGUUGUUAUGGUGAUUACAUGUUUUAUCUUUAAAAAGACUGUUCGUGAUAUUUCGUGUGUUUUAGCUACAAACAUUUAUCUAAGUCUUGCUCUGUCACCCAGGCUGGAGUACAGUGGCAUGAUCUCUGCUCACUGCUGCCUGGACAUCCUGGGCUCACGCGAUCAUCUCAUCUCAGCUCUGCCAAGCAGCUGGGACUACAGAAAACAGCUCCUUGAACACAGUGAGCUGGCUUUUCACACAUUGCAGUUGUUAGCAUUUACUGCCCUUGCCAUUUUAAUUAUGAGGCUAAAGAUGUUUUUGACACCACACAUGUGUGUUAUGGCUUCCUUGGUAUGCUCUCGACAGCUCUUUGGCUGGCUUUUUCGCAGAGCUCGUUUUGAGAAUGUUAUCUUUGGCAUUCUAACAGUGAUGUCAAUACAAGGUUAUGCAAACCUCCGUAAUCAAUGGAGCAUAAUAGGAGAAUUUAAUAAUUUGCCUCAGGAAGAACUUUUACAGUGGAUCAAAUACAAUACCACAUCAGAUGCUGUCUUCGCAGGUGCCAUGCCUACAAUGGCAAGCGUCAAGCUGUCUACACUUCAUCCCAUUGUGAAUCAUCCACACUACGAAGAUGCAGACUUGAGGGCUCGGACAAAAAUAGUUUAUUCUACAUAUAGUCGAAAAUCUGCCAAAGAAGUAAGGGAUAAAUUGUUGGAGUUACAUGUGAAUUAUUAUGUUUUAGAAGAGGCAUGGUGUGUUGUGAGAACUAAGCCUGGUUGCAGUAUGCUUGAAAUCUGGGAUGUGGAAGACCCUUCCAAUGCAGCUAAUCCUCCUUUAUGUAGCGUCCUGCUCGAAGAUGCAAGGCCUUACUUCACCACAGUAUUUCAGAAUAGUGUGUACAGAGUACUGAAGGUUAACUGAGAAGGAAACUACCCAUUACACUAUGGCACAAUGCCGUGUGUCAAAAACAAUCACCCUUUGGCUUAUUUACAUUAAUAAAAAUCACAAACUUUAAUAACAGACAGUUAAAAAUAAGAUAAAAAUGGAUUGAAAGUUUUUCUGAUUACUAAAAGGUAAAUUACUUUUCUGUUCAUUGAAUAUCAGCCUUAUUAAGCUUGUCAUAUAAAUUAUUAAAUCAUUCAUGUCAUACUACAUAAACAAAUGUUCAUUUCAGAAUUUUAAAGAGAAAUGUAUAUAAAAGAACAAUGAAUUUUAAUAAAUCAAGGGUACUUAAGUCCUUUUUCAUCCAACUAGCUGAAUUGUUUCAGAUUUUCUCUAGUACCAGAGUGUACCUGCUCAAACUCUUUGAACCACUUAGGGCAGAAGAAUGCAAGCUCUGAAAUGACAUCCUUAAAAUGCUGAUACUGGUCACAACCUCUUUACCUCUGUGAGGAAAUUGUAACAGUGUGUCUUUUAAGGUGUUUUUAUUUUACCAGCCCUUAAGAAAGAUCUCUAAUACCUCUUAAUACUUUUUUUUUUAUAAUUUCAAGUUGAAGUGUUUUUAAAAAUACCUUGUUUUGUAAUGUUUUGAAUCUCUUGAGAUGUAUUUACCCCACUAGAUACAUAUUUGCCACUGGUUAGUUCUCCAUCUAAGCUCAAGAGGUUAUUCAUCUCUCUUUAGAUUCCAGUGGUUUUUCUUUUAACAUCCAGGUAAAAUAGAAACUGCUAUGGUAUACAACCAAAUUUUGCAGUUAAACAUAAUCAGAAAAGAAAAUCCAGUUAAAUUUAUGAAGUGAGAUUUUCAGAUCCUAGAUCUUGAAUAAAGCAAAGGUCUUUUCAUCUUGAUGGCCCCAAAGCUUGUUGGUCAUGGUCUUUAUUUCUGGCUACUAUCUUCUUAAAUAAUAUAUUUUUAAGCCCUCAUUUAUUUUUGGUUUUGGAUGAGGAAAGUAAUGUUUUCUAAGUCCUCUCCCCUAAUAAAACCUACCCAACAAUAGGGCUUUGAAAAGUGGUAGUUAUCUUGAAGACACUCUUGCCAAAUGCAAAGAUAAAGAUUCUUUUUGUCUGCUUUAAAAAUAUGAAAUAUGCCAGAACUAUAGUAUUUUAAUGUGCAUCUACUUUAAAUGAGUCAUCCUGGGGUUUUUAUAAUUCCCUUAUAUUCUUGCCCCUCUACACUUGAAAUAACAAAAUGCCUCAAUUUUAUAGAUUAGUUCUUUUAUAGUAGACAGGCAGCUAUAUGCAGCAAAACCAAUAAACUUAUUUUUCAACUUUCAUAGUUGUAAAAUAUUUUAUAACAGAAUACAAAACAGCUAAGAAAACAUGCCACAUUUUAUUUUAGCAUUUUCAAAUAAUUUGUUUUUGGUGUAAGCACAGGAUAAAAAAGGAAAGCAUCAAAGAAAAGAGGCAUAACACCUAACAUUCAUAAAAAUUAACAAAGUAUAUUUUGGAUGAUGUUUUUACAGGAAAUAUUUUAAAUAAGUUGGUAGAAUUUUUAAAAUGGUACUGUAUUAGCUAAUAAAAUAUUCAAUACAAAUAUAUGUUUGGAUUUAUGCAUUAAAAAACUAAUAAAAUUAUUUCCAA